GAAAUUCUAACGACACAUUCAUAUUGAAUAUGUCAAGCACUCCUACUACUAGUACUAGCUCUGUACCUAAGACUUCCGCAACAGCAACAUGACACUUGUACCGUACUGUCAAGAAUCUCACUUCCAAGGUCCUCCCUAUCAUUGUCGAUUAGCCUUUUUAUACAAAUGUCUGCGUUGUUUUGUCUUCGUUGUUGUUUCUAUUGCUAUAUUAUCCUCGAUUCCUCUCAUUGCUUUUAUGACUAUUCCCCCGGGGUCCCCGAGGAGAAUCGUUUUUUUUUUCCUGCCAUAACGACCCCCCGGAACGACUAUCCCCCAGGGUAUAGCCAUCCAAUACAGGCUGGCUCGAACCCUGAACCCGCCGGGAGCGCCCGCGGGGACCCGAUAUUCCCCGGCAGUAAUCACCAGAGGACUCAAUCAACAAGUCAAACUAGAAUCAUCUCGUCAUCACCAACAAACAACCCACCCAACAGUCAAAUGACCACCCACCCAAGACAAAUCCAAUUUUACCUUCUAUAACCAUACCUCAAGUUAAUCAUGCUCAAUCUGAUCAGACUAUCACUUAAAAUCCCUCCUUUAAUAUAUCCAACUCUUGUCACCAAUUAGUAAUCCUCUUCUAAAUCAGAUCAACAAAAACUUCUCAUAACCGUACCAACUACUUAAGACUUUCACAUCAGGCGCCUCCUCAACAAAGGUCCAAGUAAGGGAAAUACCAAAUAACAUCAACACCAACAUCAAAAACAGGAAACACCAAUGAUAUGCGAAAUCAAAACCUACUUACUCCUACUUCACUACCUUGCUCAGGAAUUAAAGAUGAAGACCUCUUAGUAUACUGGGAAGAUUCACCUCAUCAUCGAUCCAGAACAUCUAAUCUGACUCCACUCAAAUCAAAACCCAAGCGAGAUUCUACAGCAGCAGGAAUACCAUCACCUUCAAAGACAGUCAUCGACGUUCAUUCUUCCCCUUCAAAUGGGCUUCCACAAGCUCCACUGGGCUUAUCCACCGCAAGCGAAUCACGCAGGUCACUUAGGCAACAUAAGCGAUCGAGAGACGCCAAUCUUUGAGCGAGGGGAAAACCGUAGUCAACACCUCUGAAAGCGCGUCGAAUAGCGCGUCUUCUGCACCGCGUCAGAACACAGAGAUUGAUGUUUUGCUUAGUCGUCUGGCAGAGAGAGUUGACAUGACGAAAGCCAAAGCCUGUGGCCAAUCUUUGUUAGAC